AGUUAAUUGUGUAAGGAAAUAGUCACUUAAACGUGUUGUUACGUUAGAAACAGUAAGGUUACGGUGUCUUGCGGCUCCGUCUCGUCGGUUUUCACUCCGGGAGAGAAGAAGCUUCUUCAUUUUGUUGUGAACAUUGUAACGCUGUUUUACUUUCGGCAUUUUGGGGAAAGUACUGGCCUUUAAACUAUUCAUUGAUGGUCUGCAGUAGAACCUGAGGUAGCGGGCUGAACCGUAGCCCCACAUCAUGACCGAGAGUUUCAGCAACAUCGAGGAUGAGGCAUUCCCCAGUUUCCUGUCGAGCUCUGUGGGCAGCAGCCGUGCCACCCUGGGGAACAUCACCCUGGCCUCCACCCUGGGGCUGCCCGUAGCUGCCUCCACCCUGGCUAAAAUUAGAGCUGGGGCCGACAACAGAGUAAAUGCUGUCCAGGCGUCAUAUCUGGAGGAUGGACCGCUCUCUCUGGCUAACUCUCAGUCCAACAACAAGGAACCGGGACAAUUCGCCCUCAGCUUCAAAGAUGAGCUAGAUGAUGCAGAUGACUUCAUAGCAGCCCACCGGUUCUCAGACAUGCUGGUGAAGGUGAAUCUGGACGAGACAGAGCCCAGGACUAGAGCCUCCUCCCUCGGCCCCAACACCCAGACUGGACCUCUCCCUGGAAGACACUCUGACCAUGGAGACGAUCUCUCUACGGGGCGGCUGGCCUUCACCAACCUGGUUAAUAGGGACUUUAUGGAUCUAAAGGUCCGAUCCCUCCCAGGCACCGUGGACGACCAGAGUCUGGCCAGUGACGGAGCCGACAGCGACCGCUUCAGUGGGAGUGUCUCCAGCUUCCUGGCCAAUGAGAAGCUCAUGUGUGUGGACAGCAUGAACAGUGAUGUCACAGAUGACGAUGUCGACGUGAACGACCUGCAGGAUGAAGAUCUGGACCUGUACUUAAACCAGCUGGUGAACCCUGCCAUGCAGAGAGGACGGGUGGAGGGACAGGAGAUACCUGAUGCUGUAAGGACCUGCUAG